AUGAAACCUCUCCCCUCCUGGAGGCGGGGCCAGCCGUCUGAGCAGAUAAAACCCCAGCAGGGGUGUGGUGUGGGCACAGCCUUGGCAUGGCCUUCUGGCUCCUCAUUCUCUGCCAGCUCCAUGGCCAGCCCUAUGGAUGCAUCCUCAACGGGCCAUGCCAGUGGGUUGGGCUCCCACCGGAGAAAGCGGACCACCUUCAGUAGAGGGCAGCUGCUGGAAUUGGAGCGGGUGUUUGCAGCAUGGCCCUACCCUGACAUCGGCACCCGUGAGCACCUGGCUCGGGUCACCUGCCUUCCUGAGGCCAAGAUACAGGUGUGGUUCCAGAACCGCCGGGCCAAGAGAAUCAAGAAUAGGAAGGCAGGAGGCCUAAGCCCCAGGCCUGAGCACACCCAGAGAGCCCGUUCUCUUCCAGACACCUUCCAGCAGGCCCGGGAGCCCCGAACACUAGGCCAGCUUCCACCCUCCAACAGCACACCUCAGUGUGCCUCUAUGUGUCGACAUGCCUCCUGCCCAGCUCCUGGCUCAGGUCCAGGGCAGGGCUGGCCAGGGGCUAAAGCUGUAGCCCCAUGGGGGCCAGCUGGGGCUUCUGGGGUCCACCUCUCUUCAGAGCGAGCCACUCCCCAGACCUCACUGAGCAGCUUAUCUGAUCUCAUCUAUGCCUCCGCCAUCGUCGCCAACCUGGACCACUCCUAA